CCACCGCUGCACCGCAGGCGCUUCUGUCUGCCCGGUCCACCUCCCAAGCUUCUUCACAAGAAACACUCGCCAAAGUCGUGCAUGGGCAAGGGAGCUCUGGCCCCCAGCGUGCAUGUCAUCUCGUAGGGCAGCAGGGUCGUCGUCGAUCACACCUUGCGCGUUUGUUUGCUCUAUCAUUACUCUUCAGCUUCGGAUAUUCAUACUAACUCAUUCAAGGUCUACAGCAUCUAGAACAAUCGCUUUCUACCUCGACUCAAUUCCUCAUUCAUCAUGAAGUGAACAGUGAACAUACCCCACUACACCCUGUCAUCGGGCUGCAGCAAUGGUGCACAGGAACGCGAGACAUUUGGCAGUGCUACCUCGAUUACGCAUCUCUGUGGCGCUGACAGCAGCUCAACAGGGUUGGCGCCUUGGAGGAUGGAAACAUUUGGACCUUCUGCUCGCUUUCUGUGGACCUCAUCGCACUGCCCGCGCCGCCCAGAAGUCGUGUUGAAUCUUCCAGGUGGAUGACGUUGAGCUUCUUUGCUGGGCGCGUGCCUACUAAGCCACCACACCAGCCUGGGCAGACCGUCUCGCAGCCCAAUGACUUUGGCUUUUCUGCUGCUGGCUGCUGGGAGAAAGCUCCGCGUACGGAUCGAUUCGUCGGAUUCGAUUUACCACCUUAGCUCGCUCAAGCUCUUACCACCAACAGAAAGCAGGUGACGGCCGGAAAGGAUCACCUCCAGCUUCCCCCUCUCAGCACCGGCACAGGGCCCAAACACGCAAUUCUUGCCUCAGCAAAAGACUCACAGCCACACACCGGUCUCGUCGCCGUCACCUCGCUUGCCUCUUGAGACCCCGUCUUGUCCGUCCGCCGCAUGUAAGCUUUAAAAUAAGCUACGCCGCCCAGUCCCAUCUACGAUUCUCUCAUCCGACUUUCCGUCUCCUUGCAUCUCGUCACCUUGUGCUGCCCCGCAGUCUUCUACAACACCUACUCCGUACGAAUACACAGUUCACAUUCACCUAACAUCCAGUCACCCCGCCCCCUCUUGAAUUCUGACGCAAGCGCGCCCCCGAUUCUCCCGGCAUCGUCAACCGAUCGAACUCUGCGCGUCGCAUUCCAGGCUUCAAUGUCCUAUCCAGGCCAAUACGGCUACGGUGCCCAGCCUCACGGCCAGGGCUACGGCCAGCAGUACCCGCCCCCUCAACAGGGAGGUUACGGCGGAUCACCGUAUCCUCCGCAAGGAGGACAUUAUCCUCCUCCUCAAGGCCCUCCCCCCGGCCAAUAUGGUGCACCUCCUCAACAGGGUGGCUACUACCAACAACCUCCUCCGGGCCAAUACCCCCCGCAAGGCGGACACUACCCCCCGCCCCAAGGUCCUCCGCCGGGCCAGUAUCCGCCUCAGGGCGGCGCAUACGGCGCACCUCCCCCGAUUCCUCCCUCGCCAUAUGGCGGACACUCUCCCGCGCCCGGUGGCUACGGGGCACCGCCACCCAGCCAGUCGUAUGGCGCUCCCCCGCCUCAGCACUACGGACCCCCGACGCCGGCGUCUUUGGGAUACGGCGCUCCCCAGAUCAUCCAAUGGGAUGCCACUCCUGACGCGACAACAGCGCGCAACGCAAUGAAGGGGUUUGGUACCGACGAGAAGACUCUCAUCCGCUGUCUGGCAACAAAGGAUCCUCUGCAGAUCGAUGCCAUCAGAACGGCAUUCAACAGGAACUUCAGGCGUGAUCUCGAGCAGGAUAUCAAAAAGGAGACAAGUAGUUGGUUCCAGAAGGGCUUGGUGUCUGUCGCCCGCGGCCCUCUCCGCUGCGACAUCUAUAACUUGUACGAGGCAAUGGACGGGGUUGGCACAAAGGAGAGUGUUCUGAAUGAUGUUCUCCUCGGCCGGUCAAACGCGGAUAUGCAGGCCAUCAAGAGCGCAUACCAGCAAACGUUCAAGAGGCGCCUGGAGGACGACGUAAAGGGCGACCUCAGCAUGAAGACAGAGAGGCAUUUCCUCAUCGUCCUGGGUGCCAACAGAGCAGAGGACUCUGCGCCCGUCGUGCCGCAACAGGUCGACUCGGAUGUCAUGGAGCUGUACAAGGCCACCGAAGGCAAGGUCGGCACGGAUGAGAUGCUUGUUUGCAGCAUCCUGAGCACCCGCAACGACAACCAGAUCCGCGCCAUCAACCAAGCCUAUGAGCAAAAGUUCAGGAGGAAGCUUGAGGAAGUUAUCAAGAAGGAGUUCUCUGGACACAUGGAGGACGCCCUUCUUUUCCAGCUUCGCAACGCAGUCGACAAGUACAUGCACGCCGCCAAGCUCCUGGAAGACUCCAUGGCUGGGCUUGGAACCAAGGACCAUCUGCUCGUAGCGCGCGUGGUGCGAUACCACUGGGACAAGAACACCCUCGCCAACGUCAAGGGCGCGUACCAAGCAAGAUACAACCGCAGCUUGGCGAGCAGGAUCAGGGGCGAGACGAGCGGCGAUUACCAGAGGCUGAUGUUGGCGUGUAUUGGCGAGAACAUUUAAGCAGCGACAACGCGGGCGUGGAGUGCGAGACCGAAUGAUACCCCUGGGCUGGGACGGACUUCUCAUGAGAUAAUGGCCGGGAACGAUGGAUGGAUGAAUGAAUGGACUGGGAGGCCGUAGGCGCCUAUAACGACGGAGCUCGCGAAGAGCAGAGGUAAUCGGACGGGUACUCGGUAUGGUUAUCAGUAGUUUACCGUAAUGACAUUCUGGACUCUGUCCUGGAUUUGCAACACAA